AUAUGGAACAUACUUUCUCUAGCAUGUACAUACAUUUUGUGGUGUAAAAAUGUGGUUGUGUGAUGUGCUUUCAUAUGAUGAAAUUGUACCUUGUUCCGUGACUAGUGAUAUGACGCCAUUUUCUUCGUGAAUGCCAAUUACGAGUUCUUCAAUAUUUUCUUUGUUACUCAUAAAAGCUGAUAGAGAAACUGUUAAAACUGUACGUUUCAAGACUCAAAUGCAUGCUUGCUGGCCAAAUAUUGUAGUGUAACCAUUCAUUGUGAUGCCGGUGGAUGCUGACCUCAACCGCACAGACGUGGAGUCGUCCGCUUGUGAGCUGAAAGGACUGCGCACUUGGAAAGACAUUUGUUUGGUACGGAACUCACUCUUCCAACAUCAGGGCCCUCUGCGAUCCUGACAUACGAGGAACAGUAGCAUCUUGGCAAGGAAAGCCACUUACCGCCAGCUUGGAGAUAAAAAGUGUCUAAAUUGAAACGUUUUAGUGCACAUUGUUGAACUGUGAUCACUGUGACACUGUGUUACGAAAACAAGUGCAAUAUACUGGUAGUGCAAUCGUACUGUUGUUGACUAGGAGUGAAGUGAUUGGACUUGUUAUUUUGAAUUGAAAAUUAAAAGUUUUUUGGAACAAUGGAGCGUGAAUCAAAUCCGAUGGAGGCUUUAUGCCGUUCGGGGUGCGGCUUCUACGGCAACCCCUCCACAGACGGACUUUGCUCAGUUUGCUUUAAGGAAGCGCUAAAGAAGAAACAGCAGCCCCCAGCGACGACGCCGUCUCCGGUGUCGGCGCCGUUCGUGCCGGCCGCGCCGACGCCGCUCGCCGCCGCCGCCCCCACCGUCCCCGCGUUGCCUAGCUUGACCACACUGCCGCAGCAGCAGACACAUUCAGACAAAUUGGAAGAAGAGAGCGGGGCGGGCACGAGUGGCACCAGCACCGGCACCUCGGACACGGACGCGGACGACAAGGACCCUAGCAAGGACAAAAAGAAAAAGAAUAGAUGUGCCGUCUGCCGCAAGAAGGUUGGACUCACAGGGUUCGAGUGCCGCUGCGGAGGCCUGUUCUGCGCGGUGCACCGGUACAGCGACAAGCACGAGUGCUCGUUCGACUACCGGGAGCUGGGCGCGCAGGAGAUCCGCCGCAACAACCCCGUCGUAGUCUCGCAGAAGAUACACAAGAUAUGAGCGACGCCCCGAACCUAUACAUACCUUUUAUGAUUUUCUCUAAAUAAAUAUUCGAUCGAGUUUGUGUUUCUUUUUGCGUUUGUGUGACUGACCGGCGAUGCUGCGCUUCGUCGUUACGCCUCGGCCUAUAGACUGCCCUCGCAGGGCCCUGACGGAUUACCGAGUUUUCUUUUUGCACAGAGAUAUAUUUUAGUAUCGCAAACGUUUAUUUCUUAGACAGCAAAGGAAACGCAGACUCGAUCACGGUGUAUUUAGAUUUAUUUGUGGCGAGAGUUUACUUUUAAAAUUUUAUUAAAAGUUGUAGAUAAUGUUCGUUUCGGGUAGGAAUUUCAGGAUUAAUUUUUGAGAUAAUAAGUAGAGUUUUGAAUAUUGUCCAUUCACCUCCAUUGUAAAUAUUAGAUAUAAUUAAUUAUAGAAAGAAAUCCUAUAUAUUGUAAAAAAUUAAAACUCCAAAAAAAGCUACAUUGUUACGAUUCCAACGGAGAGCGUUCGCGCGCUGACGAGAUAACAUUGUAAGCUGAGCACUCUCCAUGUAAAUUGUAGACUGGGCCGCACACCGGACUGUGGAUUAACAUCAUCUUGAAAUCGUUAGUACUGGCAAAUUGGUUCGGGAAGUCGUCGCUUUAUUUUUGUCUAACAUUCGGCAUAAGUGACCCCUAGUGUAGCGCGAUGUGGUGUGUUCCGGCUCGGGCGGGCGCGCGGAGAGCAGUCUCUCCGCGAUGCGCUCGCUCCGCUCUUUGUGUGAAAAAUUAUAGUAAGCAUAUGGAUAGUUAUACAUAUUAUAAGUAGUCGACACUUUAUAUUAUUACACAUUAUAUAAGUAGGAAAGAAUUAUUUAGCUUUUUCUUUUAAUCACUAUAUUAUUCAAAAUUGUAAGUUGUAUUAUGUAACUUGUUCAUUUUAGUGGUGAAGUUGAAACGAUCAUACCUAUGUAAUGCUUCGGUCGACGUCCACAAUAGACUAACUGAUUGGUUGGACUUAAUUAUUUAAUGACUUUUGUUGUAUAUUUUGUUAGGUCAUUGAUUAAUUUUGGUCUUUUUGCUUGAUCGUAAUCAGAUAAAGAUGAUGUUAAUAAUGAAUGAUUUUUUCUAU